CGCUCUGGAGGCCCGGGCCAGGCGAGCGCGCCGGAAGUGGGAGGCUAGCAGGGUCGUUCCGCGGGCGCUCUACCCGGCGGCUCGCUGGCUCGGCGGAGGACUGACGGCAGGGAGAGAAGAUGGCGGAGGCCGCGGCCGUGUCCCAGCACCGAUUCUUCUGCCACAGCUGCAAGGGGCAGGUCAGCCCCAAGCUGCCGGAGUACACGUGUCCCCGGUGCGAGUCCGGCUUCAUCGAGGAGGUCACGGACGACGCCAGUUUCCUGGACGGCGGCGGCGCUGAUGACGGCGCGUCCACGCACUUCGCAGAGCUCUGGGACCACCUGGACCACACGAUGUUCUUCCCCGAUUUCCGCCCGUUCCUGAGCGGGGGGUCCCUGGACCCGGAGCGGGAGCCCGAGCGGGUCCCCCCGGCGCAGCCCGAGCUCUGGGGGCCCGGCCGCCCCCCCCGGCUGCCGGUGACGCGCCGGUACCGGCCCCGCGGCAGCUCGCGGCCCGACCGCUCCCCCGCCAUCGAGGGGAUCAUCCAGCAGAUCUUCGCGGGGUUCUUCGCCAACUCGGCCGUUCCGGGCUCCCAACACCCGUUCUCCUGGAGCGGGAUGCUGCACUCCAACCCCGGGGACUACGCGUGGGGACAGAGCGGCCUGGACGCCAUCGUCACCCAGCUCCUGGGCCAGCUGGAGAACACGGGGCCGCCCCCGGCCGACAAGGAGAGGAUCUCGUCCCUGCCCACGGUGCCGGUCACUCAGGAGCAAGUCGAUUCUGGGUUUUGCCGCUUGACCCCGGGGAGGCGGCGGCUCCGCGUCCCCCCGGUCGCGACAUCGGUGCCACCGUCACACACACACACAGACACAGAGACACAGACACACACACACACACACACUCGGGGUUUUGGCGUCACUGGCAUCGGCCUCAAAACCACGAGGAAUGUUGGCAGCUCCACCCCUCAAUUCACUUUAUUUUGGGAUCUGGUUCCCGGCACCCCCAGCACCCGCGGCACAUGCGGCACACACGGCACCCGUGGCACGUGUGGCACACACAACACCCUCUGCACCCGCGGCACAUGUGGCACAUGCGGCACACACCGCGCAGACAGCACACACAGCACCCGCGGUACAUGUGGUACACGCAGCACACACGGCACACACGGCACACGUGGCACACACAGCACUUGUGGCACCCACGGCACCCGCGGCACACACGGCACAUGCAGCACACACGGCACACGCAGCACACACGGCACACGCAGCACACACGGCACAUGCAGCACACACGGCACAUGCAGCACACACGGCACACACAGCACACACGGCACAUGCAGCACACACGGCACCCGCGGCACCCGAGCCGGCCGGGCCCUGCAGCCGGCGCCGCGCGUCCGGGCGGUAAAGCGCUCUCCCCCGUGGCGGCGCAGAGGCGGGUCUGGAGUGCCCGGUGUGCAAGGAGGAUUACGCGCCGGCCGAGCAGGUGCGGCAGCUGCCCUGCAACCACCUCUUCCACAGCAGCUGCAUCGUGCCCUGGUUGGAGCUGCACGACACGUGUCCCGUCUGCAGGAAAAGCCUCAAGGGGGAGGACUCGACGCGACAGACGCCCAGCGGCGCCGGCUCGGGCAGCGACAGCCGCGCGCACGAGCGAUGGACUUUCUGACCGGGGGGCGCACGGAAACAACGGCACCCCAAAGUAGCAGGAAAUAGCGGCGGGAGAGCCGCCCCCCCGCCCCCCGGCACCACCGUCCCGGCUCCCGACACCGCGCGGCAACUGCCGCCUCUCCCACAUUCCGGCCUUUUUUGGGUGGUUUUGACUUGGUUUGGUACCCGAGGAAAGCUCUGGGCUGGGGGGGCGUGGACACCCCCUGUCCCCGCGUCCCCUCGGGUGAUGGGGAAGCCAAGAUGUCCCGUUUCUCUCCCUCGCGUCCGGAGCCGGGGGGCGGGAUCGCACGGGGGCGUUCUGCCCGUGUUCCUCUUGAGAAGCGGCCGUGUUCUCGAGGGGCCGGCAGGGUCUCGGUGCCCCCCCCUCGCUCCCGGCGGGUUUGCAUCUCGCGGACUCAUUUUUGGUUUAUUUGGGGUGGUUUUGGCCCGUCCCCCCGCGGGUCCCGCAGCCGCCUCGUCUCACGGACCACGGCAAGGGCGCCGCCCCCGGCCCCUUGAGCCAUCGCCCCCCGGCCCCCCGCCCCGCGUCCCGGAGCAGCUCUUCAUUUUGGGGAUGUUUUGUUCCUUUUUUAACUCGUGUCACGUCUCACCCGCCUUCUUAUCGUCCCGGUACCGUCUGUGCUUACGGCACCCGCUAAACCCGCCCCCCCGCCCCGGGGGGUUAAACUCGGCCUAAGGGAGAGGUAAGUCCCGCCUAACCGUGCCCGGUGCACCACGGCCUCGAGUUUCACCGGGGGUUUCUGUUUGCUAUUCCGUCAAAUAAAGGACUUUAUAAAGAAAA